AAUUCAAUUAACACUGUCCUACCAUCCCAUGAAAUACUAUCAGAUGAAAACUUCGUUUACAAGUCUAAAGGGAUUUGUUAUCUGAUAGUGAAUGAGAUAUCCAAUCACGAAGAGGCGACGGGCGUUAGUGGCUUGUGUAUCGUGGGUGUCGGCAGUGACGCCAACCACCCCGAGAGACUCAGACACUGAUGUUAGACUGACAUUCGAGUGAAAUCGUUCCUUCUGAAAAAAAAUGAAGACGAAGAAACAGUAACAUUGUAGUAUGGAUCUAAUAAAUGUGGAGCAAGAAACGAAGUGUCAGGAUCAGCAGGGAUUGAAUACUUUGGAUAUUAGUUGUUUCGCUUCACACACACACACACACACACAGCAACGAAGACGCUAACGACGAGGGAAUGCGAUCAACAAAUGUGUCUGAGUGAGGUUAGGACGGAGUAAGCACCCUGAAGGACUUGGUAAAAGAUGAGAAGUGCACGGCAAGCCUUAGUAUGGCUAUGUGUGGCGAUGACUGUUCUGGUGGUGGUGAUGUGCCUCACGCUUCCUUCCUUCCCACAGAUGAUGAAAGACUACCCGUUCACACGUUCACCGAAAUUCGUAAAGGAGAAUUUCACAUUGACGAUUGAAGGGCCUACAGUGAACCCAGUAGUCGGACAAAUCACUUGGCUGGAGGACCUCUCGUGGAGGGACCCGCCUGUGUGCAAUGAAAGCGCUCCCUUCAUCCUAGCCGCGGUCAUCACAGCGGUGGAGAACUUCGAAAGAAGGGCGUGGGUAAGGAGCACCUGGGCCAGCCCGGAAUUCUAUCAAUACACCGGCAUCAAAGCAGUGUUCGUGGUGGGAUCCCCAAACAAUGAAACGCUGCAAGAAUCUUUGGAUGAUGAAAUUGAUAAAUACGAGGACAUAAUACAGACUGACUUCGUGGACACUUACAGAAACCUUACUUACAAGACUAUUUCGUGGCUAUCGUGGGUCAAGAAUUGGUGUCCCGGCACUCCCUUCAUCGCCAAAAUCGACGAUGACGUGGUGGUUAACCCCUUCAACCUACGCCUGUAUCUGAACGAGUACCUCCUCAGAGACCCCUCACCCAAACGAAUUCACGGGCGGGCCAGGUUCCGAUCCAAGCCGAUGAGAACAAGCAAGUGGGCAGUGACGAAGGAGGAGUACCCGCUGGAGCAUUACCCGCCCAUCGUGCUUGGGUCUGCCUACAUCGUGGACCGCAACGCUGUGGAUGUUCUUCUUGCCUAUGUGCCCUACGUGCCUAUGCUGUGGCUGGAGGACGUCUUUCUAACGGGGCUGGUGGCGAAAAGGGCAGGAAUCAAUCUGAAGCAGGCGGAAAGGAAGCUUUACGCUUGGAGACUCACCCGAAGAUUCUACUACGGGUCGCAGGCGUUUCUUCUCGACCCCAAAAAGAAUGAAGUGAAACAGGCCUGGCAAAAGAUUGUCAGAUACUCUAAUAAGAGUAUAUCAAAAUUAAAAUCUGGAUAUUACAAUGGUGUAUAACUAACUUUCCUGCAUAUCACUCGUCCAAGUCACCCAGUCGCCUUGUCCUCCUGCAUGAAAUCAAGGGCAGAAUUCAGAAACCUCCUUCUCCCUCACCUCAACUAUUCUCUAAGGUUACAGAAAGUCAAAGUGAAUAUCAAGGGCAUUACUAGUGUUAACACUGUAGAAAUUGAAUUAAUUUAUCACCAAAACUAUGAAGAAACGCUCUAAAACGCCAUGCCACUUCAAUUAGACAUUAGAUGCGAGCAGAAGUGUUUCAGAAUAUGGUCUAUUGGGUGGCAGUCAACAGCAGUGUCUGGCUACCUUGCUUUACGUUAUCUCUAUCAUGUAUAACGGUAGCACAUUAGACAGCAUCAUCUACCAUUAAUCUAUUCCUUUCGAGCUAAAUCAGACUGGUGAAAGGGAGAUGGAUUAAUAAAAAAUUUACCCUACUCUUUAUUCCACAGCUUCCUCACUUUCGGCCUCAGCUUAUACCAGCCUCCUUGCUUAAUCCUGCACAUGCUUUAUUCCUGCUUUGGUCCUGAAUUGCUGUUAUACUCACCUGUUAUUGCUCAAAGUGGCUGCCCGUUGCAUCUUCUCAUAUUGUAGCAAGAUGUGAACGAGACUGUUUAAGGGUCAUAAGUAGAGUAUCAAAAGUUGCUCAUUCGUACACUACACACUCAAAGACGUUCACUUUUAUGUUGUAAGGUUUAUUUAAUAAACAUGUAUUAUAUUUGAAAAUUGACUUAUAAAAACUAAACUACAAGUAAAACUCCUCAGAAUAAUACUAGAGUAUAAAUAUUUUUACAGUAUUUGGCGGCGGAGUUGAGCAGGUUGUUUCGUUCUGAAAAGACAUCAUCUGCUUUUCUAAACGUCGUUCAAAAGUAAAAAUAGAAACAUCUUAUAUGGGAAAUUCCCUUAUUGUAUCCGGGCAGUGUGGUGAAUUGUGCAAUACGAUACAAAGAUACACCUACAAAGGAUAACGGUUGUUCCUAAAAUGGGCUGAUCAUUGUACGUAUAAGUAAAUAUCCACAGUGAAUCAAUUCAAGUGUAACAUAUUAAAGAUUAACACACACACACACACACACACACACACACACACACACACACACACACACAGCGUACGUAGUGUAGUGGUUAGCACGCUCGACUCACAAUCGAGAGGGCCGGGUUCGAGUCCCGG